ACUCAGCGUCGCUACAAAGGCACUUCCGGUUCCGCCGCAGGAAGCCUGGCAGAGACCUGGAGUCUCGGUCUUGGGGAUCCGGCAGUCAGGCGGGACGAUGGACCGAAAGAAAAAGCCUUUGGACGUUACAGCCUCCUCGUUGGUAGAUCUUAAAGCUGAGCUCUUCCGAAAACAAGAAGAAUUCAAACAAGAGAAACUUCUGAAAGAUUCUGGAAUUUUUGGAAAACCAAAGACAACUAAUAAGAAGCCAAGUAUCUGGACCAAGCAAAAUGCCGGUGUUUCCAGUCGAGCAGAGAAGGAUGCUGAACAGAAGCUUGAGGAGCAGAAGACUUUAGACAAAGCAAGGGAAAAAUUGGAAGAAAAAGCCAAAUUAUAUGAAAAGAUGACUAAAGGAGACUUUCCAGAUGAGGAAGUGGAGGACAUGUACCUUGUGGAUUUCACACAGAAGAUUAUAGACAAGCGAAAAGAAAUGGCGGUGCUCGGUGCCACUAGAGAUUCUCGAAACACAGAAGAGAAAAGUGAUGAUGAAGAUGAAGAGUUUUCUGAAAAAGACAUACCUCCUCCCCAAGACCCCAGCGAGGAAUGGGUGGAUUACGUGGACUCUUUGGGCCGAUCCCGGCGCUGCAUGAGAAAGGACUUACCAGAUCUUUUGGAGAUGGAUAAAAAUCUUCAGGGAAGGCUUUUUGUUAGUCCUGCUAAUGAAAAAACUCUAUUAUCUGAAGACAUGAGGAAAGAACUUCAGCGACAGCAAUGGGAGGAAGAAGAAAGGGAGGCCCUCAAAAAGCCAAUGGGGCCCAUCCAUUAUGAAGACAUUCGGGAAAAUGAGGCCAGGCAACUUGGUGUUGGGUAUUUUGCCUUUGCCCGAGACAAAGAGUUGAGAAACAAGCAAAUGAAAACUUUAGAGAUGCUUCGUGAACAGACAACAGAUCAGAGAAUAAAACGAGAAAACAUAAAGGAAAAGCGAAAGGCUAUGUUAGAAGCAAGACUUGCCAAGCUUCGACAGAAAAAGAUUAAAAAAUCAAAGGAAGAUGGGACUGAAGAAGAAAACAAAGAUGGAGAUGUUUUUGAGCUUUUGCCAUCAGAGCCGAAGGCUGUACCUGCUCCACCUUCUGUGGCCCAGAACAGCAAAGUAGAAGUCAUCAUCCAGGAAAGGAAGGAUACCAAGCCUGGAGUGCCACACAUCCGAGAGUGGGACCGUGGAAAAGAAUUUUCCUUUGGAUACUGGUCGAAGAAACAGUCAGAACUCCGGGCUGAGCGAGAUCCUGAGUUUGCCCCACCAUCGAAUUACUUUGCCGGUCAAAAAAGAACUGGUCCUUUUAGUAGCCAGCCAUGGGGCAGACUGGGAUCAGCACCGAGUGACUUGGGGAAUUGCUCUGGUCAGAGCCAGGAACCCAGCUCUUCACACACAUCUACAUCUGCCUCUGAAAGUCCCUCACAAGCAUCCACAGUCACUUUUCAAACACUAGAUGAUAUGAUAUCUUAUUAUAAACAAGUCACAUGACCUUGAAAAACAUGCUGGUUGCAUUUGUGUCAUCAAAAGUUGACAGAUCUGAGUUUAAUGUCUCUUCUUGUCCUUUCCCUAGGAUGCAUAGGCUUGAGGCCAGAUUAAUUGGCAGGGAGGAGUAAGUGUACCCAUGGGAGCUUAUUGACUACUUGACUGUUCAUUUUUAUCCCUUUGUGUAGAGGGAAUUUAUCUCCUCCCCUCCAUGCUGACUCAGUUGUAACUCAUUUGGAUUUCCAGGUGUGUGAACUGUAAAUACCAAUCUGAAAUUUGGUUCUGA